AUGUUUGGGAUAAUAAGUUUGAUCAUUUUAACGUUUGCGGCCUGCGCCAACUGUGUAGAUGACGGGAACAAGCUUACGGGUAAAGUUUUUGGAGAUAGCGGUCGGCAAAGAAGACUUCUUUUUUACGAUGAAGAAGGAAAUUUAGUAAAGACCUACUCGAAUCGUUACUUAACUGAUUUUGGCACCAAAGGAAGCAAUUAUUGGAACCUAAUGAAUCCAUUUUUAGGUUUCCUCAGACCUUCAACCUUCAGUGGAUCAACAAUAGCCUACAUGAUACCUGUAUCGGAUGCAGUAGUACAGAAAAUUAACAAUGACCCAGUGUACCAGAACAAGUUACUGUUACUAUCGACUCGUGAUCCAGUGGUAGAGAUCAACCCACUCUGCAGCGGGAAAAGGGAACCGAUUCCAUCACCUAAAAUAUGCAGCAAGUUCUUGAACUGCUGGGACGGAUGGGCGUUUGAACAAGAGUGUCCGGAAGGAUUACUAUUUUCUAAUAACGGUUACUGUGACUACGUAUAUAAUGUAGACUGCAGUAACAGAAAAAUAAAAGAUAUAAUUGAACCAAGGUGUCAUCAUGAUUUUGAAACUUAUCGAAACGAGUCGGACUGCAACGAGUUUUUCGUGUGUAUAAACAAUUUACCGGUCAGAUUCAAGUGUCCCUCUGAUCUUUACUUUAACCAGAAUUUGGGUAUUUGUGAUUACAAGCACGUGGUGAGCUGUAAUACUUCACCAACGGUCACUUCAUCACCCAUGACUCACCCAACUCCAGAAUCGACGACAGCGCCUGACACGUCUUAUUCAACAAAAGCAACAGAUAUUACAAAUAAACAACUCCCUACCUCUACAAAUAUUAAUCCAGGAACUGUGAUAAUAAACUCAGUUUACGAUAGCAAAUCUUGGACUACCACACAUGUAGCGAUGUCACGCCAAGAUGCAAUUCGUCAAUUGAAACUUAAAAGCAUUGCUGACGUUAAAACGGCUGAAUAA